ACCAUUUGGCGACGUGUACCCGGUGUGUGGAGCUGUUAAGGUAUCUCUCUUCUGCUGGGUAACAAGCUGCUAUUAAAACCGAAAAAGCCUUAAAAGUGCGAAACCAUGGGAGGUGCGCAGAGUGUGGAGAUACCGGGAGGAGGCUCCGAGGGCUACCACGUCCUCCGGGUUCAGGAGAACUCUCCAGGACACCGCGCAGGACUGGAGCCUUUCUUUGAUUUUAUUGUCUCCAUCAACAACACCAGACUGAACAAGGACAAUGACACGUUAAAAGACUUGCUGAAAGCCAGUGUUGAGAAACCAGUUAAGAUGCUGGUCUACUCCUCAAAGACGCUGGAGCUGCGGGAGUCUACAGUCACCCCCAGCAACCUGUGGGGGGGCCAGGGCUUGCUCGGCGUCUCCAUUCGUUUUUGCAGCUUUGAGGGAGCCAAUGAGAAUGUUUGGCAUGUGCUGGAAGUAGAGCCUAAUUCCCCAGCAGCCCUCGCUGGCUUGCGGCCGCACACCGACUACAUUAUUGGAGCCGACACUGUUAUGAAUGAGUCAGAGGACCUGUUCUCUCUGAUAGAAAGCCACGAGGGGAAAGGGCUGAAGCUCUAUGUGUACAACACGGACACGGAUAACUGCCGAGAAGUGAUCAUCACACCUAACGGUGCCUGGGGAGGAGAGGGCAGUCUUGGAUGUGGGAUUGGCUAUGGAUACCUCCACAGGAUUCCUACGAGGCCUUUUGAGGAGGGGAAGAAGAUCAGCUUCCCUGGAAACUCUCCCAGUGAGCCCAUGAGUCCGCUGAAGGAUGGAUUCACUGAGGUCCAACUUUCAGCAGUGACCCCUCCACCUACUGCACCUGUCAUCCCGACUGGCCUUGAAGAUUCACUGUCAAGCCUGUCAAUCAGCACAGCCCCGCCCACCAUGCCCAGGGAGCUGCAGACAGGUUUGCCCACUGUCCCUCUGCUCCCCUCCUCCACCAGCCACGCCCUCGGCCCACUCACUCCAAACACUACCGGCUUCAACCCCGCCUCCACGCUACCAGGUCUGAUGCCCCUCCCAGCUGGUUUACCCCCACUCCCCAACUUGCCCAACCUCAACCUGACACUGCCAGACCUCAGUGCCAUGUCACUAGCAGGCACCUUAUCAUCACUAGGAACUACAGUACCCUCUCUGGCCGGUCUCUCACCCCUCAACUUCCCAGGUCUGUCCCCCUUGCCUCCUCUACCCACCAUGCUGUCCUCCCAGCUGCCGCCUCUCCUCCCUCGGGGAGUGCUCCCCCUACUGCCCGUCUCGACCAGCGCUCCUACAGCCUCGGUCACAGUCACAGCAGCGCCUGCCGCCGAGCCGGCCGCUGUGAGCCCCACAGUCCCCACGGAAGCGGCCUCCACGAACGCCACGGAAUCACCGGCCCCAACGGAAACAACGUUAACGUCGUAAUAUGUCAAAGAGGGUUUCACUUGCCAUCAAACCAAAACGCAUACCCGGUUAUCCCCCCCUCCCCCGUCAGUCUGUCUUUCUUUCUCUGUGUUUUUCUAUUUAUUUGGCUAAGAGGGACAGGCUGCACCAGUUCAGACACAGGUCGGCAUGUUCCAGGUAUGGGUGAUGAAGCUUGUUUGGAGCGAUGAUGGAAGAAUGGAGGACGGCUGUAGACUGGUCUUACCAACAUGUCUUUAUUACCAGAUUGUCAUGGAGCUAGUCCAAGCCACUGUAUGAGGAGGACGGGGUCUACACUUCUGCAGUUACAAGGAUUUCCCCCUUUCAAAUCUGGCAAGCGCCUCUGUUUCACACUUUCUCAAUACAGUG